UCGCCAAGACCCAUCUGGCCAGGACAGUCCACCACCCCACAAUGAGACAAAUAUUAUCCAUGGUGAGGGAUUAGUUGUACCCGACUAAAUAUCAAGGACGUGAACUCCUGUGGGCUUUUGUGACGAAAAAUUUUCUUGACUUGACACUGUCUAGUAGUCCUGAGCACGCACGAACGUGACAAAGACAAAACUCCCCACAACAUGCCGUCAGAUUUAAUAGUACGCCUCACCGCGCCGAACGGACGACAGUAUGAUCAGCCGACCGGUUUGUUCAUCAACAAUGAAUGGGUUGCGUCAUCGGAUGGAGGCAAGAUCACAAGCAUCAAUCCAUCAAACGAGCAAGACAUCAUAGCCGUACACGCCGCCACCACGCAGGACGUCGACCUUGCGGUCCGUGCCGCCCAUCAGGCUCUACGACACCCAUCAUGGGCAAGCCUGGCUGCGAGCGACCGGGGCAAGCUGCUGUACCGGCUGGCGCAGCUCGUCGACGACCACCGCGAAACGCUGGCGACGAUCGAGACAUGGGACAACGGGAAGCCGUACUCGGCGAGCCUGGGCGAGGACAUGGUCGAGGUCUCCGAGACGCUGCGGUACUAUGCGGGCUUUGCGGACAAGAACUUUGGCCAGGUGAUCGAGACGACGGCGGACAAGUUUGCGUAUACCGUGCGCGAGCCUGUCGGGGUUUGUGGGCAGAUCAUCCCUUGGAACUACCCCUUGGCGAUGGCGGCCUGGAAACUCGGCCCAGCACUGGCCUGCGGCAACACCGUCGUGCUCAAGCCAGCCGAGCAGACGCCGCUGUCGAUCCUCUUCUUCGCCAACCUCGUCGCUGAGGCCGGCUUUCCCGCGGGCGUGGUCAACAUUGUCAACGGGCUCGGCAGCGUCGCGGGGGCCGCGCUCGCCGAGCACCCGCUCGUGGCCAAGAUUGCCUUUACGGGGUCGACGGCGACGGCACGGGCCAUCAUGCGGUCGGCGAGCGGCACGCUCAAGAACAUGACGCUCGAGACGGGCGGCAAGAGCCCGCUGGUCGUCUUUGACGACGCAGACGUCGAGCUCGCGGCCGAGUGGGCGCACGCGGGCAUCAUGUCGAACCAGGGCCAGAUAUGCACGGCCACGUCGCGGGUCCUGGUGCAGCGCGGGGUGUACGACGCGUUCCUCGAGGCGUUCAAGGCACGGGUCCGCGACAUCUCGAGGGUCGGGGACCCCUUUGACGAGGCGACGUUCCAGGGCCCGCAGGUCACGAGGGCGCAGAUGGAACGGGUGCUGGCGUACGUGGACGUGGGCGUGAAGGAAGGGGCGACGCUGGAGAUGGGCGGGAGGGAGAGGCUGGUGGUGGGCGGGCAGCAGAAGGGGUUCUAUGUGCAGCCGGCUGUGUUUACCAACGUGACGCCGCAGAUGCGGGUGUUCCAGGAGGAGGUGUUUGGGCCAUUCGUCGUGCUGGCGGCGUUUGAGAGCGAGGACGAGGUGGUCGCGCUGGCCAACGACUCGCAGUACGGGCUGGGCAGCGCGGUCUUCACGAGGGACCUCACCAGAGCCCACCGGGUCGCAAGACGCAUCGAGGCGGGCAUGGUGUGGAUCAACUCGAGCAACGACAGCGACUGGCGGGUGCCGUUUGGGGGGGUCAAGCAGAGCGGGAUUGGACGCGAGCUGGGCGAGGCCGGGCUGGCAGCAUACUCGACGAUCAAGGCGAUACACGUCAACAUGCGGUCCAAGCUGUAGGUUUAAUGAAUAUCACACCAAACGUGGA